AUGGCCAGUCGUCUGCUGGCACGCACUUGUAUACGUCCAACAACAACAACUACCACAACGGGACAUUCAUGGCCCCAUGCACGAGCAUUGUUGAGACGCGAAUCGACCUCCCAUGGACAACAACGACAACGACCUGAUAAACCGUUCCUUUCGACGUACGAUGCCAAAGCUGUUGAACAAGGGUGGUACUCAUGGUGGGAGCAACAAGGCUUCUUCAAACCAAUCAACAACAAACCUGCAUUCACCAUGAUCACACCUCCUCCCAACGUCACCGGCUCACUCCACAUUGGACACGCAUUGACAAUGAGCGUUGAGGACUGUAUGGCACGAUAUCGACGUAUGGCAGGCUAUGCAGUGCAAUGGAUUCCAGGUACCGAUCAUGCUGGUAUUGGCACCCAAAGUGUGGUUGAAAAGAUGCUCGCACGAGAGAGGAAUGGCAUUACACGACAUGAUCUUGGACGAAGCGCGUUUGUGGAUGAGAUCUGGAAGUGGAGAGACACCUAUGGCGAUAGGAUUUUACAUCAAAUGCGUCGCAUGGGUGCAUCGGUGGAUUGGGAUCACGUGUUCUUUACCAUGGAUAAGCAACGAUCAUCAGCUGUACAAGAAGCAUUCAUUCGUUUGUACAAGGAUGGCCUCAUUUAUCGUGAUACGAGACUUGUCAAUUGGUGCUGUGCUUUGGAAACCGUCAUCUCUGAUAUCGAGGUGGAAUACAAGGAAAUCCCAGGCAAGACAUUGCUCCCAGUUCCUGGACGACCUGAAGGUGUGGAAUUUGGUGUGCUUCACGAUUUCUCCUAUCCGGUUGCAGACCCUGAUCCUAACGGCGUACAAAUGCUGACCGUAUCCACCACGCGUAUUGAAACCAUGUUGGGCGAUUGUGCUGUGGCCAUCCAUCCAAAUGAUCCUCGUUACAAAAGUUUGCAUGGAAAAUAUGUGAUACAUCCAAUCCACAAGACGAAGCUCCCCAUUGUGCUUGAUGAUCAGCUUGUAGAUAUGGAGUUGGGUACUGGUGCUGUCAAGAUUACUCCAGCUCAUGAUCCCAAUGACUAUGCUUGUGCUAGACGACAUGGACUGCCGAUUGUCAGCAUUUUCGACAAGUUAGGAAAGCUCAAUGCAAACGCUGGUGUGGAAGAAUGGAUUGGCAAGGAUCGCUUUGAUCUGCGUGGUAUGGUGAUUGACAAACUUCAAGAACUUGGAUGUUAUGAAGGCAAGAAUGAGAAUCAUGCCAUGCGUGUUGCCCUUUGCUCUCGAUCAGGUGAUGUCAUUGAGCCGCUCUUGCAACCACAAUGGUAUGUACGUUGUGGUGACCUUGCUCAAGUAUCCCGUAAGCAAGUUGAAGAUGGCACCAUGCAAAUCCAUCCUAGUGGACAUACGCAGGAUUGGUAUCGCUGGCUCGACAACAUUCAAGAUUGGUGUAUUUCUCGUCAAUUAUGGUGGGGUCACGAGAUUCCUGCAUACCAAGUAAAGCUAGCUGGCAAGGAAAACAAAGAUGAUCUCUGGGUUGUGGCAGACGACGAAGCAUCCGCACACAAUGAAGCCAAGGCAUUGUUGGAGAAGAAUGGUAUUCCAAAGGAUAGCGACUAUAAGCUUGUCAAGGAUGAAGAUGUUUUGGACACUUGGUUUUCAUCGGGUUUGCUUCCCUUGUCAGCUUUGGGUUGGACUGGUAAACCUAAUGAGCCUGUACCGGAUCGUUAUCCUCUUCAAGUUAUGGAAACAGGUUAUGACAUUUUAUUCUUUUGGGUGGCACGCAUGGCUAUGCUUUGCAACCAUUUUGCCAAGAGCCCUCCUUUUGAAAACAUAUUCCUGCAUGCAAUGGUCCGAGAUGCUCAAGGUCGCAAAAUGUCAAAGUCACUUGGCAACGUGAUUGAUCCACUCCACGUCAUUGAAGGUGUCGACCUUGAUACUCUAAAGGCCAAUCUGAAGAAUAGCAACUUGCCGCCCAAGGAAAUUGAAAAGAGCAUCCAAAACUUGGAAAAGGAGUACCCAUCCGGUAUCCCAGCAUGUGGCACUGAUGCUUUACGAUAUGCAUUGAUCGCUUAUACCCAACAGAAUCGUCAGAUCAAUCUCGAUAUCAACAACGUUGUCCAAACAUCUCAUUUUUGCAACAAGCUCUGGAACCUGUUCAAGUUUGGCUUUGGUCGAUUUGAAAAAGAUGGCUAUACCAAAGGUGACAUUGCGCCCAUCUCAUCAUCGGAUGCCUCGCAGCUGUCUCUUGUGAACCGAUUUAUCCUAUCACGUAUGGCCGAUACUGUGGACAAAGUACACACCGGAUUUGAGAAUUAUCGUUUGCAUGAUGCCGCCGAUGCCGUACGUCGUUUCAUUGUCGAGGAUGUGUGCGAUGUUUAUGUCGAGUUUUCCAAAGCAACUUUGAACAAUCCUUCUGUGCAUGCCGCUGAAAAGAAUGCUACGUUGGAUAUCUUGCAUGCAUGCAUGGACGUGUCACUGCGAUUGGCUCACCCAUUUAUGCCAUAUGUCACUGAAGAAUUGUGGCAGCAUUUGCGAGGCAAGGUGCCUUCCAGUAGUCCCAAUCCAUCUCUCAUGAUUGAAUCCUAUCCCACCACACAACAACUUGCACCAUUACAAGACGAAGAUGUGGAAAAGCAUUUCAAGGUUGUCUUGUCUAUUAUCCAUGCAUCACGUUCUCUGCGACAAAGCCAUCAAAUUAGUGUGAGCCAAGAAUUACCAUUCAGCAUCUAUUGCAGCAACCCAGCAUUGCGAGAACCACUCAGCAACUACAUGAAUGAAAUUAAAACGUUUGUGCGAGCAUCGGAUCUGACACUUGUAGACAAUGAGAGUGCCACCAAUACAUGGACCGUGCGCGCUAUUGAUGACGACCUUAAAAUCCUUGUUCCCACAGCUGAUGUGAUGCGUGCGCAGUUGGAAAAAGCGGCCACUACGGGUGUCGACAUUGCCAGCCUUGUCAAGCAACGUCAAACCAAAGCUGAAAAGAAAAUGAGCAAGUUGAAACGCGACAUGGAACAGCUACAUGCACGUAUGAACAAGGAAGGAUAUACGGAAACAGUGCCGGAAGCAAUCCAGGAGAAGAACAGGUGA